AUGGUGGCGCCAUUUUUGAAAUACUUUUUCUACCGAGGGGUACUUCCUCUCUCAUUACUGUUUGCUGCAUUCGUAAGGCCAUGCUUUAUGUCCGUUGGCUAUGUGAUUUUCGCUCUACUGAGUCCGGUGCUCCCAUCGAUUCAUGCCGCAAUGCCGUUACCAGGGAGCAUUCGACUGUAUUCAUGGGCCUGUUUACUGUACUGUAUGCUGACCGCAAUUGCUAUGUCAGCCUAUCAGAUCUACGAGGCCGUGGGAGGACGCACAGAAAAGACAUAUAUAAAGCAUUGCAACAACUCGGACCUGCAAUGGUUGCGCUACAGCGGUUUGGUGAGAUUCCAUGGUGGUGACGGAUUCGAGUCGGCAAAGUCAAUUCUUCCGGAAAUUGUCGCCUUCGUCGCUUCAUUUCUGUCGACCAUUUUCGUUGCGGUGCUUCCUCACCGAAGAGAAAACUUGGAUGUAGUCGGACCAGUCCGACCUGUGCGCAUGGGAGAUAAUGAGAGUCCUAAGAAAGGAUUUGGCACAAGAUCAAUAAUGGUUGCCUUGAAAAGAUUCUCCAACUUCGCGAUUAUUGUUUUAGCAGCCUUGGUUGGUUGUGUACAGCCGUCCUUGUUGAACUGCGUCUAUUUUCUGUCGUUCCUGUCUGUUGCAAGCUGGUGGGCGCUGUAUAAGCCAUUGCGACAUGGAGUUUAUAAUAGAAUCAAGAAGUUCCUUCUUUUCUAUGCUGCACUUCAUAUUCUGGCAAUAUACACCUACCAGAUACCAAUUAUACAGCGGAUUCUGCCAGGGGAAUCCAUUUUAGCAAGAAUUGUGGGUCUAUCUCCAAUAGAACUAACUGACUGCACAUCAUGGUAUACGUUUUGGUUGAACACCAAGCUUCAGUUGCCUGCAAUGCUGAAUCCAGUAAUUUUAUUGGUCUUCUACCAUGUUCUUAUGGUUCAGUUACUUUGGACAUACAAUGGUAGUCGCAACUACAUAGAUGAUAAUGAUGUUGGCUCUUCGGUGCACGAGGAGAGGCCGAUUGUGGGCAAUGACAGGGAGGUGGCGGUGGCGACAGCCGACGUUGCCCAUAGCUCCAAUGGAAAUCGAUCGCUGUUAAACCCUCAAGAAGGAGAGGAAGUUGAGAACGGACAGUCCAUACCUCUUAAAAAAGUCACAUCACAAGUAGUGGAUCGCCACAAAAUUGGUCAAAUCUUUGGAGCUCCCGGUCAAAAUCAGACGGUAAAUGUUGCUUCGAAAGGGAUGGUGGCGAUCAUUUCAUUUGCUCUAUACCAUGCCUAUACUUUUGCGUUGUUGUCUAUGAUGGUUUGGGCUCUGCUCUAUCACUCUAUCUUUGGUCUGAUCUUGCUAGUGUUCUCUUGCACACUAUGGAUGUUCAAGGAUUCACGAGGAGCGUCGUUUGCAGUGGCGCCUACAGUUACUAUCUAUGUUGAGUUCCUCUUACUGGUGCAAUAUGUCUGCAGCAUGAAUGUGACUCCAGAAGAGAUAAGAAUGCCAGACUGGUUGAAAAUGAUUGGCUUCGUGAUUGCUACUGAUAUGUGGGCGGCGUUUGUCACACUGACGGUCAAACUUCUUCUCAGUCUACCUGUAUUCCUUCUGCUUCGCUUGAGCAUUCGAGAAACUUUCUACGAUUCGUUAAGUGAACACGAACGAGCUCGACGCAUUCACAACUACGGGACGUUUCACGGUGAUCCGACCGUGUUACCGAGAAGUCCAGCCGGAACCGACGUAGCCGCCGAUUUCGUUCAUUGGCUGUCGAAGCAGAUCACCAAGUGUUCGAUAUUCUUUGUAGCUCUAGUACUGUUGCUAGUGGCCUGUCAGUCGAAUCCAGUACUGUAUACGAUAGGAUUCUUCUGCAUAUGGUCGCUAUUGGUUGUAUACUUUAAGACCAGUUUUGGAUUCUUCUGCCGAAUCGCUUACCCGUUCUGGUUAAGCUUGAUCAUCUAUACCUCGGUGGUGAUAAUCUCAUUAUACGUCUACCAAUUCCCAGACUUCCCUGACGUUUGGACGAAGUGGACGGGAUUAGACAAGAAGUGGAAUGACGACAUUGGAUUGAUCAAUUACAGCAACGCUGGAAAAUCGGGAACGCUUUUUGUCCGACUAUUCACACCCAUUUCCUUGUUCGUGGUUGCAAUGCUUCAGCUAAAAUUCUUUCAUGAACCCUGGAUGGCAAUGGUUCGCAGACUUCCCAACGAGCAAGCUCAGCAAGGUGACGCAAGCACAUCACAAGCAACAUUGUCCGCAAAAAUAGUUCGUUGGGGGAACGACGCUAUCGAUUUGACAUGGCGAUUUACAGAAGUUCAUAUUGCGAAAAUAGUAUUCAUUGUUGUUGCAGUAUUUGCAGCAAAAAAUAUAUGUGCUUUAUACGUUCCUUUGGUAAUACUGGUCAGUUUGGCGCUAUUGCUGCCAUCAGCUGUGUCAAGUGUGCUCAGUUUAAUUAUGUGCGCUUAUUUAUGUGUUGUUGCUGUUCUAAAGAUGAUUUAUCAGUUGAGUCACUUCCCGGAUUUGAGUUUUGUAAAUAAUGGUGAGGUAUGUAACGCGACGAAAACAUUCCCCGAAUGGGUUGGAAUCAAAAAAGAAACUGACACAUGGCAGCUAUUGGGCGGAAUGAUUGUGGCGAUAAUUGUCUUGGCACUACAAUCCGUUAUCGUUUACCGACAACGACAUUAUCGGCGAAUGCAUGGUAUUCCGGAGUCGACCUCGGAUCGUGUGUUCCCUUCGUUCAACAUAGAUGAAUUUGACCACAGUUUAGUACAUUGCAUGAAGUUUAUCGUUGACUUCAGUUUUUACAAGUUCGGCUUCGAAACUAGUGUAAUUAUGAUGGCGAUAAAUGCCUGGGUGCGUAUGGAUAUGCUAGCUGCUGUGAUUUGCAUUUGGUUGGGCAUUUUCGUGUUGAACAAGAGGUCGGUCUGUCGCAAAUUAUGGUACAUUUUCGUAAUCUACUUAGCGGUACUGCUUCCGUUACAAUACGUGAUCUAUGUAGGAUUACCAGAAGAUAGUUGCCUAGCUUAUCCAUGGGACCACAUUUUUGGCGAUUCAAGCAGCUCAACCAAGAACGUUAACUUCGACAUCUGGAUGGGUCUGUCAAACUAUGCUGUGAAUUGGCCUGCCGAGAACCUAAUUGCCGACUUCCUCCUUUUGCUAGUGGCGUCAUGUCAGUUGACAGUCUUCCGGAACGAGGGCGUUGACAAUGACAGCAUAUUUGUCAACGAAGACUACCACCUGAAACCAAACAAUCCACGCUACGAUUUUAUUGCAACGCAGAGGAGUUUCGUCGAUUUCAUCAAAAUCGCAGUGUUCCACUAUGGACAUUGGAUAACGCUGAUAAUGACGUUGAUAGCCGGUAUAGGAGGCACAUCCUUGUUCGCGCUAGGGUACAUUAUGCUCACAUUCUGGAUACUGUGGCAAGGAAAUAAUCUCUACGUGAUGAAUGCCCGAACAAAUAGCUUCAAAAGCACGUUGGCGAAAUGGAAAACGUUACUGUCAUACACAGUUUUUUGCAUGUUCUGCAAAGUAGCUUUGCAGCUUGUCGGUUGCGUUUUUCUCGAGUGGUUCUUUGAUGGUAGUGGCGUACAUAGGUCUAUGAGAUGUACCAUUAGACAACUCUUCAGUAUUGUCUGUGUGAAUACUGUUAUGCAAGCCCGAAAAGAUGCUGGAGCAGGACCUCUUUUCCCUCAUGAAACCGAUCUGGAUCGCACAUGUUCGGUAGUACAACAGGAGGCUCAAAUAGGAUUCGAUGCGGUCGCGCUAGCAUUUUUAGUGUUCCAAAUAAGAAUCUUCCACUCGUGGUUCUUCCAGCAUUGCAUGGUUGAAUAUCGAUCAGAGAUCAUCCUAGCAAAUAGAGGAGCGGUACUCAAGAACCAACUUAUCGAAAAAGAGAUGAAGGAGCAAAAUGAGCAGCAAUCGGCAGAGUUUGAUGAGAUUCGCAAAAGAACAGCGGCAAUACGUGAGAGAUACAAUAAGCAAAUGGAAAAGGGAGAAUACAUCUUUGACCCACAAACAUAUGGUCAAGCGAAACGAGCUGGCGACUACUAUAUGUUUGACUAUGACCCCUCCACGGAUGAGCUGGUAAAGCCGGUGGAAAGUUUCGUGCCAGAAGUGACUCCGGGAGCGACCAAAUUCGAAAAAUUGGAUCCGGGACAGUUGGUAUAUGCUGCAACAGGACAUGAUUUGGAUCUAGCAAAGACACUCGAACAAGUCAAAGAAGCGGAGAAAAUUAAGAGUAAUGAAGGACGAAUGAUCGAGGCAAUGAGUAGAGAACAUCCCAUGCAACCGGAUACGCCAAUGGAAACAGCAAUAGAGCCUUCGCUGAAAACUGAAAAACCUCAAGAGUCAAAGAUAUCUGCGUUCGUGAAGUUUGCGCUAAAAAUGGUGGUGAAUGCGAUAGAAAUGCUAAGUGCCUACCUAAACAGGCUGUCCAGAGAGCACCGAUAUGUAGCGUAUGUCCUAAAUAAAGAGAAGGAGAAACUGAAGGAGGGCCACAGUGAGUCCCUCUCGGAUACAUCCAGGAGAUUAACAGAGUUGCGAAAAAGGAUGAAUAUGACGAAUUUGUUACUAGUACAGAGCGAAGGCGAUAUUCAGAGGAUGGAAUCCGCAGCACUGACCGAUUGGCAACAAAGAUCUGUGCUGGCAAAGCUAGUGAAUGCUCUUGGUAGUGUCAUUGCGGCUAACACUGAUCUCAUUUGUUAUCUGUUGGCCGUUAUGGCACAUGCUAGUGGAGCAGGGCUCAUUACUCUUCCUUUGCCGCUGAUGGUGUUCUUAUGGGGCACGUUGUCAAAUCCACGACCGAGCAAAUUUUUCUGGGUGGCGAUGAUUGCAUACACAGAAUUUGUGAUCGUGAUCAAAUUCAUCUGCCAAUUUACCAUCUUUGAAUUCAACAGCAUAUCUGCACAGUCAAAACAAGCGGCGGAUCCGUUGACAGUGGAAAAAGUCUUGGGUGUGCAAAGACAGAACAAUUUCGCAGUUUAUGAUGUCCCAUUGUUGUUUGCAUUAUUCUUCCAUAGAUACAUGCUAAGAAAACUGGGACUAUGGAAGGAUGCAAAUCUAACCGUGACCUUCCAAAAUGACAAUGCCGCAAAUGAUUCUGAAGAGACCUACUUGGAGGAUGCAACCCAGCGCAGUAGAGGAGGUAAAGCAGUGAAUGGAGAGGCUCAAAAAUCCGCAGAUCAUCAGUUUGUAGAGUCGACGUCCAAAGGGUCAUCGGACGGAACCAAAGAUGAGGAGAAGCGGACCGCCUCAGGAAAAGAUCCUGAAAAAACGCAACCUCCGGCGAAUGUAGCAGAAAGAACGGACGCUGGUCAGGAAUCGGCGGGGAACCCUAUUAUUCGAUUUAUUAAUCAGCUUUUCAAACCGAAAUUUAGAUAUAUUAAGGAUCUCUAUCCGAUCAUGUUUGGUUUGGAUGUUGUAGCAUUUCUAAUAAUCGCAUUCGGAUACUCGGCCUUUGGGGAAGGCGGGUCAGGAAAUGUGAUUGGAGACAUACAGUCCAACCGCAUUCCACUAACAUUCGUCGUGAUGUUGUUUGUGAUGACACUAUUGAUAGUUAUUGAUCGCGGACUGUACCUUCGCAAAUGGAUCCCCGGAAAACUCGCAUAUCAACUGCUCAUGAUCGUUUUCCUUCAUGUAUGGAUCUUCUUUGUGCUCCCUUCGCUUACGAGAAGGGCAGCGAUGGAGAAUACAGUGGCACAAGCAUUCUAUGUGAUCAAAUGCCUGUAUCUUCUCGUCUCAGCUUGGCAAAUCCGUAACGGCUAUCCACAGUUGUGCAUAGGAAACCUUCUUACGCAUGCUUAUGGCUUGGUCAAUAUGGUUUGCUUCAAGAUCUUCAUGGCUGUACCGUUCCUUUUCGAACUGCGAACAGCAAUCGAUUGGACUUGGACCGACACUUCAAUGCCCCUAUUUGACUUCUUCAACAUGGAGAAUUUCUUCGCUGUUAUUUACAAUCUGAAAUGCGCGCGAAAUUUCGAACAAAGCUAUCCAGUACCGAGAGGAAUCCCAAAAGGAGCUAUCGUAAAAUAUAUGAUGGGUCUGCCAAUGAUCCUUCUAAUUGUGUUUUUGGUAUGGUGCCCGCUAUUAGCCUUCUCGCUGCUUAAUAGAAUUGGUGCUAUCUCGAUUCCCGAUAAAGUGCGGUUGACUAUACAGCUUGAAGGCUACCCGCCGAUCUACGAAGUAGAAUCCCAAGGAUCGGAACUACGACCAAUGAGACCUGAAGAGCUGAAAUAUCUCACGGAUACUAUGAGCAGAAGAUACUUCCCGUUCCCGAACGGUACGGAAUCCAUGAAACGUUCGAGAGAUAGUGUCUCUUUCAUAAAGGAGUACAGCACGAAUGAUGUACUGGUUGUUAAUUUCCGUCCAGAAUCGGAAGUCCCGUGGGGAAUAUCAGAGGAGUCAAUGAGCGCACUUAUUGAACAACUAAACGGCAACUCGUCUAUCAGUUUCAUUGUAACGGCGGAAAUUUCCCGGCCUUAUGACACGCAGAGGAAGGAGGUAACGAAACAUUCAGCGCACUGGUCCCAAGAAAUAGAAGCGAACACGGCGUUACGGAGGCAAUGGAUCAAUAUGUUACAAAAUCCGGGAAGUGGACAAAUGGUAUCAAUGGCAGAAGCAUUUCCGAGCUACUUGCUUGUGCCGAGUGAAGGUGCUGUGCUUGUUCCAACUCCGAUAGUGGCGGCGAUUGAACUGAAUCAAGACAACUAUCAAAGACCUGACAAUGCUAGUGACAGGGAUUGGUUCGACACAUUACAAUUGUCGUUAGUUAACUCGACAAUGGGAAAUGUAUGGGUCGUUCAAGCGCAACAUCCUUCGCAGUUCACAAGCGUAUACUUCAAUGCAUCAAAAAUCACCUACGGUACGCAUCGUGACCGUACGUAUGUCCAGACGAUCGCAUUUGUGGACAAAGCGUUCCCAUCAUUCUUCGCAAAAUAUCUCCAAGGAGGAGUUAUUGCGAUGUACGUGUCAUUAGUAAUUGUCGUGGGUCGAUUGAUUCGUGCUCUCUUCACCAAUUCACCAACGGAUGUGAUGAUCACCGAAAUCCCGAACCCAGACUUCCUACUGAAGAUAUGUUUGGAUAUCUAUCUUGUACGGGAGGCCAAAGACUUUUUCUUGGAACAGGACCUAUUUGCGAAGCUGAUCUUCUUGUUCCGAUCGCCGGCCACUUUAAUACAAUGGACGCGCCACAAGACGAAACGCGAUUGA